AUGUCAGACACAAUAGCCAGUAAAGAGGAAGUCGCUCUAGUUUUUGAUAAAUUAAGAAAAGAUCCAGCUAAUCAAGUUUGUUUUGAUUGCUCCAACAAAAAUCCUACAUGGACAUCAGUUCCUUUUGGUAUAUUCUUGUGUUUACAAUGUUCAUCUGUCCACCGUAACUUGGGAGUUCACGUCUCAUUCGUCAGGUCUUCCAACUUGGACAGCUGGCAGCGUAUGCAAUUAAGAAACUUCAAAUUUGGCGGUAAUCAGCCAGCCAAGGACUUUUUCAUUAAGAACGGCGGCUCCCAAUUUUUCAAUAAUAAACAAGGUGUCGAUGCCACUGCCAAGUAUUCAUCCCCAGCUGCCAAUAAAUAUAAAGAAAAAUUAAAGCAAAAGGCUAAUACUGAUGCUAUCAAACACCCCGAUAUAGUCACUUUGGAUGAUUUAGCUGAUGCAUCACUGACCAAUGUUUCGUCAAAUGAUAGCACUGAUGAUUUCUUCUCAAACUGGACUAAACCCGUUGCUGCCACGCCAUCACCUUUAGGGUCACUCAGUGGAACACCAAGUGGGUCUACUGACGAUUUGUCGAAGAAGAAACCAGUUUCAAGAACUAGCACACCUACUCCAACUACCACCACUGCCUCAUCACGAUUGAAAAACAACAAUACUGCUAAGAAGUCUAUUUUGUCAUCAAAAGGUAACGGACCAAGAAAAUCGAGAUUGGCAGCUAAGAGAAUUAACAAAACUGAUGAAGCCAUCGAUUUUGAUGAAAUUGAAAGAAAGGCUCGUGAGGAGGAGGAAGAGCGCAAGAAGUUGGGAUACACACCUGAAGAGACUACAGCUCCUGUUACCACCACACCCUUGGAGAAGAAAUCAACUAGCUCAUUGUCAUUAAAGCUGGACCCAAAGAAUGAGAGAUUGGCACCCGCACCAAUCCAAGAAGCUACCCAGCAAUUUCAAAAAUUGGGAUUCGGAAUGGUCCAAGGUGAUAAUGUUGUUAGCAAUGGUCCAGCUAAAAAGUAUAAGGACAUACAGUAUACUGGAGAGGUCACAAACAAAUUCGGAACUCAAAAGGGUAUCUCAUCGGAUGAGUUUUUUGGAAGAGGGCCUCGAUUUGAUGAGAACGCUACAAAUGAAGCCAGAGCUAAACUACAAUCAUUCAAUGGUGCUCAAUCCAUCUCCUCGUCUUCCUAUUUUGGCGAAGAAGAAGAAGCUCAAGGCUCAACAGGCGGCAGAGGUCGUGGUGGAUCACAAGGAGGUAUCAACUUGGGUGACUUGGAAGCCAGUGCACGUGAAUUUGCUUCAAAAUUUUCAGGCAAUGCAAAUGAAGAUAUGGAAGUGUUAAAGGAUGCGUUGGAGGAUGGUGCAACAAAGUUAGGAUCAUACUUGAGAGACUUCCUAAGGUAG